GACCUGUUUCCGUAGACGGCCACAAAAAACCGUCAAAGACAUAGCCACCAACCUUUGGAUUUCCAUUUCGAGAAACGGUUAUGCAGAUCGCUCAAAAUCAAUUUUCGAAAAAUCCCCCUAAGUUACUGUCUUAGCUGCCAGAUAGUAUAUAUUCUAUCCAACGGGCAGUGACAAGAUCGUGACGUCAGCGCAGCUCAAAAGUGCAAUUCCCCAACAAAACAAAGCUCAAUUUGCAAUCUCUCGCCCCGUUUUACCCCGUUUUCGUAAUCGCAUCGUGCAAAAAGCAAAAAAGUAAAGAGAGUUAUUAAAAAAAGUGAAUCUGCCGUCGUUUGGCAUCCCACUCGCACACCCAGUAUAAUUCAUACCGCUGCAGUCGACGUCGACGUCGCUGUCGCCGCGCUCUUCAUUGUUUAUGUUUUUUUGUGUUCUUCCCCCCCAGAAGGCGGGGAAGUAAGUAAUAAUAAAAGCAAUGCGCUCGCAAUGAAACGAAAUUGAGUGAAAAAAUAAAUUUCGUUUACAAAAAAUAAAAGCGAAAAUAAAGAAAAAAAAUAUUUAUAAGCGAAUGAGAAGAAAAAAAUUCACUGCCAAGCAAAUUUCACGCCGUAUUUAAUCUUUGCUCACUGACCGCCUCCAGCUUAAUCGCUGCUCGUCUUUCUUUCCGUUCCGUUCGCGAUCGCGAGUGUUCUGUGCCCCGAUUCUGGAUAUAUAGCCCCGGCUUUAGUCCCAGUAACGGCCACCGAUCUAAUCCGACCACGAUCAAACCCAUCUUUGGAUCUCGAUUCCCGGGCUGUGUGUUCUGGAGAUCGCCGCGCGUUUCAGAACAGCACUCGGACCAGAUAUCGUUGAAAUCACCCAUCCUUAAACUGCAUUUAAGAUAUUAUUGAAGUAUUCAAAGCCCUUUGCAUCGAUAAUGAUAGUGCUCUGUGCCCGCUUAUGAAAGUGCUGUAGAAAACUUGAAAAUUCCAUAAAAAUCCGUUUGGUGAAGCAAACAGAAACCAACUUAGUUUAAGCAUUUUUAAGGAUAACCUUAGCACCCUAGGCGACCUGCACAGAAAGAUGUCCUCAACAUUGGUCCUUAUCACAGCGCUCCUCUUGGCCAGCACAAUAUGCCAGGCCCUGCCAGAUUUGCACAAACAAAUGUCGCCGGAGCAGCUGCAGUCAGUCUUCCACGUGGACACCCACGACGCAGUGCCCCACUAUGAGCUCGUCCAGCUGCUGCACCAUGAGAACAACCCCAGCCACCAGCGGCGGCGGCGCAGCAUCGGCGACAGGCCAAAGGUCAACGCCGCCCUGCCGCCCCACCACGUGAAAAAGGAUCUCAGCAAGAACGCCUACUACAGCGAGCUGAAGCACGAGGCCAUGUCCUCGGGCGGCAAUCACCUGUUCGGGCCGGAAGUGAGUGCCAUCAAGUCGCACAACGUGUCCUUCAGCGCCUUCGGCCAGCACCUGAACCUCAGCCUGCGCGCCACCCAAGGACUCUUCAAGGGCGCGCCCCACCAACUGCGCAUGUGGACGGUGGGCAGCGAGCCGAACGCCACCCACGGCCUUGACCUUCAGGAGAUCGUCCACGAAGAGCACCACAAAAACGAUGUAGGAGAGGUCUUUCAGGAUGAAAAGAAUAUGGCUGCGAUCUUGAUGCGGCGCCACAUGGAAACCGGCGACCUGAUAAUGGAGGGCAGCAUCGGUCACGAUCUGGUGAUCAAGCCCUUGCCGCACGAACUCAGUCCCAAUCCCGAGGAAUCCCAUCACAUCAUCUACAAAAGAGAGGCAUCCGCAGCAGAAGACCAACUGAGUGACUUUGCCUUCAUGGAACCUGAUGAUCUGCUGGCCAGCGAAAAUCUUGAGAGAUUGCAACGCCGCCAGCAUCGCAGUCGACGCAGUGCGCCCAAAAGUCCCGACUUCGAGGAUCUGAACGACGAGGACGAAGGCGCUUUGGAGACGGAACCCCAGGUGGCCGAAUCCCGGACUCGAUCCCGCCGCCAGGCCCCGUACAUCAUCUAUCCCGAGGUCUUGGUUAUCGUCGACUACGAUGGCUAUCGGCUGCAUGGCGGCGAUAAUUUGCAGGUCAAACGUUACUUCAUCUCAUUCUGGAACGGAGUCGAUCUGCGCUAUCGUCUGCUGAAGGGGCCAAGAAUACGCAUCAGUAUUGCCGGCAUUAUUAUUUCAAGGGGUCGUGAUGCUACUCCCUAUCUGGAACGUAAUCGUGUGGGUCGGGAUGCCAUCGAUUCGGCUGCUGCUCUUACGGACAUGGGAAAAUAUCUGUUCCGGGAACGUCGACUGCCCGUCUACGAUAUUGCAGUGGCCAUAACGAAACUUGAUAUGUGCCGUCGCACCUCCGCUUAUGGUGAAUGUAAUCGCGGUACCGCAGGCUUCGCUUACGUCGGUGGCGCAUGCGUUGUGAACAAGCGACUGGAGAAGGUGAACAGCGUGGCCAUCAUCGAAGACACCGGCGGUUUCAGCGGCAUUAUCGUGGCUGCCCAUGAAGUCGGACAUCUGUUGGGAGCGGUGCAUGACGGUUCGCCGCCGCCAAGCUAUUUGGGUGGACCAGGUGCCCAGCGGUGUCGCUGGGAGGAUGGCUACAUCAUGUCCGAUCUGCGCCACACGGAGCGGGGCUUCAGAUGGUCCGCUUGCACGGUGCAGAGCUUCCAUCAUUUCCUCAAUGGAGAUACGGCCACCUGCCUGCACAAUGCCCCGCAUGAGGACAGCGCUCUGGGUCGAUCGCUGCCAGGAACCCUGCUCUCGCUGGACGCCCAGUGCCGCAGGGAUCGGGGAACGUAUGCCUGCUUCAAAGACGAGCGAGUGUGUGCCCAACUCUUCUGCUUCGACGCCCAGACGGGAUACUGUGUGGCUUACAGACCAGCGGCUGAGGGUUCGGCCUGCGGUAAUGGUUAUCACUGUCUGGAUGGUCGCUGCACACCACUGCCUUCAAAUAUCAUUCCCGAUUACGGACACAACUAUCGUUUAGUCUACAAUAAAAUCAACAACAAGAAAGAUGCAGCGGAAGAUAUUGAGAGUAGUAGUGAGGAGACCGAGUCCCAGGAGGACGAGAAUGAGAGUAAUGAGGAUCAGGAUGAGGGCAACACAAGUAGCGAGGAGCAGGAGGCCAAUCAGCAGGACAACAAGAUCGAGCAGAGCUCUGCCGCUGGCGCCGCUGCUGUGACGUCGCCGACAACCAGCAAAACCACCACGACAACCAGGACGACAACAACCACUGUGAAGCCCAAGUCCAAGUCAUUUGGCUAUCUGCAUCGCAGCCUACCCGAAGGACAAUGGAUGCAGGAUAAUGGUGUGCUGGUCAAGACGCGCAUCAGCAGCAGUGUCAGCAGCAGCAGCAGUAGCAGCAGUAACACCAAUGCUGAUCCCGCAGCAACAUCAACACCCAAGCCCCGAACAACUACUGCAACAACAACAACCACACAAACACCGAACAUAUUCCAAAUCUAUACACACGAAUUACGCAAACAAAUCGAAUACUAUUUACACAUGCUACAGACACAACAACAUGCUACCAAAUUGCAACCAGAACAACAGCAACAGCAGUCACAACAACAACAGUCGAUAGUUGAAAUCCCUUUGGUACAAAAACGCCUUACAAAUUAUAGUGUUACCAGCAGCAGUAGCAGCAGCAACAACAACAACAGCAACAACGGGGCGAAACAACAGCCACCGAACGCCAAGGAUGAGAACCAGAGACAGCAGCAACAUCUCCAGGAGCAGCAGCAACUUCAGGAUGGGCUGCCCGAUGAGGAGAACGAGGCGACUGCCGGCAUUCAGAGCAAUGAAGCGAUUGAGCGGCAAAAACGUAAGUUCCCCACACCACCCACCACAGCAAUUGUGUCUGCAACAAGUGCUGCCAAGACAUCAGCAACACCCACAUCAGCAACAACGACCACCGCCAGACCGAUAACAACAACAUCAUUUCUCGAUGCGUACUUUAAAAAACUGCAAGCCUUGCAUGACAGUGGUUCGGCCACCACGACAACCACCUCCGUAUCAUCGUCAGUCAGCUCGGCAACAUCCAGCAAGCAGCAGCAACAGCAGCAACAUGCACAGCAGCAACAACAGCAGCAUCAGCAGCCAGAUGGCAGCGCUUUUUUGAAACGUACGCCAAAUCGGAGUAGUAUUAAGGCAUACAAAACUAGUAGUAGCAGUAGUAGUAACAGCAGUAGUCAGCCACAACAGCAACAGUAUGUGACAAACUAUAUUGGCGACACCACAAACAAUCUGCCAGCGGUGUUGGACAAUAACGGUGAUGCGUCGAGCACCACGGAAACCGCCAAGAAACCCAAAAUCAAAACACAAAAACUCAUACGCCGCACACGAGUCAUGUAAACGAUCUGAGGAUGCGGCAGAUAACUCUGAUACCAAUUAUCAUAAGCUACUACUUACUGCUAGCCAGAACGAAACACUGAUCACAGAUCCAGAAUGCUGCUUGAGAAAACGAAACAUCACAACCAUCGAGGGCUCCCCCAACAACAUCAAAUACAAAACCACUUACACUAAACAAACAUCACACACAAGUAAAUGCCAAACCGAUCGAAACUGUUACCGAUUCGUUAUCCUUACGUGCGGUAAGCCCAAACCAAAUCCAGCAUUCAAAUCGGGUUCUUAACUCCCCCUAGUAGUCUAAAGCUUUGCCCUAAAGUAUGCUACGAAUUACAGUAGAGCAUGGAUGCGCGAUAGUUUUAGUAGUAUUCUUAUCUAUUACGCUGCCUGCCCUUUAAUAAAUAAAUAUAAUCCUGGUUGUUGAGGUUGAAGCAACGAAAUGCAAGUGCCGAAACUCAUGCGUAAUGGUCCAUUUAGCUGUAACAUGGAUUUACCUCGUAUUUUAAGCAUUUGGCAUCUGGCAUUGCAUCGAUCAUUCUUAACUUUGUAGUGUGGAGGUGCUUUAAAAGCGCUCCAAAUUGUAGUUCUUGAACUUUAAUUUUGGCAUGAACCUACGAAUAAUUUAGUAUAUCAUUUCAGUCCACCCGAUUCGAAACGUAAUCAUUGUCUCCGAAAAGCAGGCAGACCUCGAUUAGGAUAUUCGCAUUCACACAUUCGCAGACCUCAUAAAGCAUGCUUGAAGAAAAUCUCUCAUACCACCCUCUAUUAAAAUCGAUUAAAAUUGAUUUCCACUAUUUUUUACGCGGUUAUUUUCUCGCUCUAUUUUUCCAAAAUUGCAUCGAACACUCGCCACCACACAUUAAUAAACAAUAAAAUCGAAAUAGAAACAAAUUGGCAUUGAAACAUGCACACACAUACCAGCAUACAAACAUACACGCUCUUUCUCUCACACCACCACACAUGCAUACACACUGUUUGAUGGCAAAACCAAAAGAAACAUCUAUAACUGUAGCAAUUAAGUAUAAUAUUUGAUCUACAAGAAUGGCAUGGAUUCAAAGUCGCAUUCUGCAUACUAAAAAUAAGACAGCAAAAUGGCAAAAGUGAAAUAAAGUAAUUUGGCAAUUGGAAACGCAUGGAAUGGAAUACACGCACAUACCACACAACCACCCACACAAAUCAAAAUGGCCGGCGUCUGCAAAAAUAUAUCGUAUUUGCAUACAAAAUAAACCCCAAUAAAUAGCUCAUUGUUUUUGCACGCCCCAGAAAUGAGUAGUUUUUAGCUUUAUCACUAAUUUUCUCUGUUUUUCUUUUUUGUUUCCCCCGUUUCCGCUU